AUGUUUUUUCUUUUCUCUGUCUUUCAUAUGGUACAUCUAUCUAUCUAUCUAUCUAUCUAUCUAUCUAUCUAUCUAUGCCUAUUCACAUCUAUCUAUCUAUCUAUCUAUCUAUCUAUCUAUAUAUCUAUCGAUGACAGUAUGUUCAUAUCUAUCUAUCUAUCUAUCUAUCUAUCUAUCUAUCUAUCUAUCUAUCUGAAAAAUUUUUCUUCUUCCAUACAUUUCCAUUUCUUCAUUUUCUCAUUCACAUUUUUUGCUACUUUAUAUUUUAUUUGCGUCCUUUCCUUCUCGGUCUCUUUCUUUUCCUUUCCAAUUCUCAUUAAUAUUUUUCUUUCUUUCUUUUCUUCGUUUCAUUUCCGUUUCUUUUUAGUUUCUUCCUUCUCUUCCAACUCCCGUUUUCUCUAUAGCUUUCUACUUCUCUUUUCCUUCACUAACUUCUUCAUUCUAUCUGUUUUCCUUUUUUUUUUUUUAUCAAUUCUCUCAAGUUUAUUUUCCAUUUUGUUUUCUUAA